AUGCUCCGCCCGGCCCCUCCCACUGUCGCGCCCCCCCCCUGCCCGUCGCGUCGCCCCCCCCCUCCCCUUCCCCUGCCCGUCGCGUCGCCUCCUCUCCCCCUGCCCGUCGCGUCGCCUCCCCUCCUCCUGCCUGUCGCGUUCGCCUCCCCUUCCCCUGCCCGUCGCGUCGCCUCCCUUCCCCCUGCCCGUCGCGUCGCCUCCCCUCCUCCUGCCCGUCGCGUUCGCCUCCCCUUCCCCUGCCCGUUGUGUCGCCUCCCUUCCCCCUGCCCGUCGCGUCGCCUCCCCUCCUCCUGCCCGUCGCGUUCGCCUCCCCUUCCCCUGCCCGUCGCGUCGCCUCCCCUCCUCCUGCCCGUCGCGUUCGCCUCCCCUUCCCCUGCCCGUCGCGUCGCCUCCCUUUCCCCUGCCCGUCGCGUCGCCCUCCCAUCCUCGCCCCUUCUCACCGUCGCGCCCUCUUCCCCACCCCUUCCUACCGUCACGCACCCUCCUCCCCGCCCUCUCCUAACGUCGUGCGCCCUCCCCCCGAGCCCACCGUGCCCUCGCCCUCACCUAGGCUCGCGCCUCCGCGUUAGCCCGUUCCCACCCGCGAUUGGCACGCGCCCGAACCCCACUACCGCCCUGCGCGCGGGGCCCUAG